UCAUGAUUAAUGUAAAAAAAUUAUAAAAAUCUCUAUUGUCCAAUACUAGACCUCUCAUAAAUAAGACCAAUUGAGUUCACAAACAAUUCUAGUUCAAUUUUAAAUAAUUGUCACAUUUUUUCUCCAGCUGCUCUAGAAUUAAAAUGUCAAAUAAAUUUCUAGCUUCAAUCUUGGUUUUUGUUUCUUUGGCUGUUUUUCGCCAUGUUAUUGCUACAAGCGAUAUAACACUAGCUGAACUCGAGUAUGUCGCCGACCAUCUGUCUUCAGUCGAAUGCAGCAAGCUCAUCAUCGCUCUUCAAAUGGACAAAGGCAAAAAUCUUGAGGAUUGUGAGCCUGAAUGCAUUUCAAUGGAAAGCAUGUUACAGUCUUGCCUCGCGAAUUUGAUCCAGUGGAAUUCUAAAGCUGCCGACGAGACACAGGCCGAUCUUUCAAGACGGCUGUUGCAAAUUGGAAGAAAAGAUCUUGGAAACUGGCUCACGAGAACGGUAUUCGACGAACUGGGCUAUCACAUAAAUGAAUCCAUCGUAAAAGAUCCUUUUAAAGAAAUGGUAAUGCCUUCACCCUCAAACGAAUCCAGAAAGAAAUCAAAUUUUGUAGAUAUGGAUUUUACCGCUCAUGAAGAUCACUGGAUGCCAAUUGACACAAUAAUUAUUGUGGUGAUAGGAAGUGUAUGUUGUGUACUUCUUGUAAUAGGAUAUAGUCUGACCAAGUUGAUUUUGAUAUGAACUUUUGAAAGCAAGGAUGAACAAAAGCAAGAUGUUGCAAAGAAAGAAAUAUGAAGACUACCACAAUAUAAUAUUUUUUAUUAUUAAAAACGGUUUUCUA